AUGCCACUUACCAUCCUUUCCCGGUCGCAGCUUCGAGAGCUGUUGCUCUCCCUGACUCGCGACGAAAUUACCGACCUUCAGAGAAACCUCGCGGAAGCCUUGAGGGAAUACUCCACCGGAUCCCAGGAUAAAGGAUGUUCGGCAACCUAUCAACCCCAGCGAACGGCGAUUACCCGCCAGAAUGGCUGCACCACCCUAUUCAUGCCCGCCAGUACGGGAAAGACCCUCGGCAUCAAGAUGAUCUCGCUGCAGGAUGGUGGUCAAGCCGGCUGUGCGGUAGAACGGAGCGCGUUUGAUAUUCCAGAGGGCACGCCGACAUCUUCCCGAUCCCGCGAUGCUUCGGUAAGGAACUCAGUGGCCUCACUCUCAUCGGAGAUGAGUGAUCUGUCUGUAGGGUCCUCCCAUGAAGACAGCCUUACUGGCACUACCUCGGGAAGCAGUGGUGGCGGUGAUAGUACGGAUAGCUCAACCCUUCUUACUGGGUGCGUCAACCAGCAACCCGUCACCACGAAUGUUUCCAAUACGAUGGGCGCCUGGCCCGGCGCAGGUACGCGCGACACGUCUCCCCGGGGAUCCGUCACCCUUCUGGAUGGGGAGUCACUCCCGUUUGGAUUGAUAAACGCCCACGAGUUAACUGCUUUCCGCACGGCGCUGGCAUCGCUGAUGCUUUUCAACAAGCGCCACAAGGUCCGCACUCUUUUGGUCUUCGGUGCGGGCACCCAAGCUUACUGGCAUAUUCGUCUUGCAUUGAUUCUGCGCGGGGAGGAUAUCCGACGAGUUUACAUCGUCAAUCGAUCAUUUGACAGAGCCGCCAAGCUACUGCGAGAUAUUUACUUGCCCGAGAAUGCCGAGUGGCGUCGCGAUGUGAAAUUUUCGGCGGUCAGUAGUGAUUUUGGCGAGUAUGACCGUAUCUUGAAAGAGCAUGUUCGGAAGGCGGAUGCUAUCUUCUGCUGCACUCCUUCCCCCACCCCUCUAUUCCCGGCGGAGUUCCUCACCUCCCGCGAGGGCCGCCAAAAAGGCCGUUUCCUCGUCGCCGUGGGCUCGUACAAGGCGCAUAUGGCCGAGAUUCACCCCGACAUUCUCCGAGACGAGGUCAAUGUGCAACCGCCCCACCGACACUUCCACAAGCACACGCGACGCAGUGGGGUUGUGGUGGUGGACAGCUUAGACGCCGCCGUCAAGGAAGCGGGCGAGAUUAUCCAGGCCGGCAUCAACCCGAAACAAGUGGUCGAGCUGGGCGAGCUCUUGAUGGUCCGCCAUGCCUCCCUCAAAUAUGACGAGGAGGAUACGGCAGAUGAGAAAAAGAGUUUGCGCGACUGGAUCGAGAGGGGGAAUGUCAUCUACAAGAGUGUCGGGCUGGGCCUGAUGGAUUUGGUGACGGGCGGCGAUCUGGUGCGGGUGGCGCGGGAGCGGAAUUUGGGAACCACUGUGGAGGAUUUCUGA